AUGGCAACUCUUAAUCCACCAGUCGGCGAAGAGACGCCUCUCUUGCCUGCGCCACCGCAGAUUUCCAUCGUCUCUUCGUCUUCGAGAUGGUCUCGAUGGAUCUCUGAUCGAACAUAUGCAUCCUCUUGCAUCCGCCGGGCACGCUCACCUCACGUGAUAACGGCUAUCGUGCUCGCAUCCUUACUUUGGCUCCAAUUUGGGGGAUAUUUGAUGGCAGUACCAGUAUUGAGAGUUUACGAGGAUAUCAUCUGCCAUCACUACUACGAUCGUCUGCAGGGUGCCGGUUAUACAGCACUGCUGGGAAACAUCGAUGAGAGCAUGUGUAAAAAAGAUGAUAUUCAGAAUGAACUGAGUAUCGUAGUCGCAGGAUCUCACUUUCUUGGGGCAAUAACAGGUCUUCUUGCGACAAUACCGUAUGGUAUGCUUAUGGACAGAAUUGGACGAAAGCCAAUUUUCAUGUUAGCAAUGGUAGGUGUAGUCCUUGAAGCCCUGUGGGGAUUGGUAGUCAUGUGGUUUUGGCGUACGCUUCCCCUUCGCUUCGUUUGGCUCAGUCCCGUUUUUACCUUGAUUGGGGGUGGAACAAGUGUAGGAAGCAUGGCAUUUUUUGCUAUCAUAAGCGACAUCACUCCGGAAGCAAAGAGAACGGAUGUAUUCUUUCUGGCAGCCGCUACGGAUCUUGUUGCUCAGCUAAUUGGUCCGUCUAUGGCUGCUAUCUUGAUGGCCAAGUCUCCGUGGAUUCCCCUUACUCUGGGAUUCUUUGCCAUUAUCUUCGGAAGCCUCCUCGUAAUAUUCAUUCCAGAAACACUACACAUAAAUCAGAUUUCCGAUCUAUCGCACCUCGCCUCCCCUUCCAACAAUGACUUCCCCAAUAGCCCAAAAUCACAAAAGUCCCUUUUGCCCACAAUCAAACACCAGAUUUCGGCUAGUCUCCAAUCUCUAAAAUCCUCCAUCUCAAUCCUCAACUCUGCGCCUCUAAUACUGCUUCUCGUCACCUUCGUCAUCAAACAUUUCAGCGGUCAAUCUGUAGAUAUCUCCCUCCGCUAUAUUAGUAAUCGCUUCCAAUUCCCUCUCCGCUACAGCUCCUUCCUCUGGUCCCUCCGCGCUGGAGUACAAAUCGUUUUAUUUUUACUCGUCCUCCCCACCCUAUCACGCAUUAUGACUACCCGUCUCCAAAUGCCUCCUGCAAAGAAAGACCUCUAUCUAGCACGGGCCUCAAUCCUAAUCCUCACCCUUGGAUCCAUCUUAAUCGCCGCAUCCCCAACACUACCGUUGGCAAUUCUCGGGAUGGCAGUAUUUACUCUAGGUGCAGGAUAUAUGUCCAUAACGCGCUCCCUGAUAACGACGCUCGUCGAUCAACAGCACAAAGGACAAUUGUAUGCUGCGGUGGCGGUGGUUGAGACGACCGGAAGACUAAUAGCAGGACCAGCAUUCGCCCAGCUUUAUAUUUUAGGGUUGAGGUUGAAAGGCGCUUGGGUUGGGUUACCGUUCUUCGGACUAGGUGUCAUAUGUGGUUUCUCAGCGAUAGCCGUCUGGAGUGCCGGCUGGGUGAUGAGUAGGAGAAAUUACGAUUGGGAGAAUGGUAGUAGUGAGAGUGUGGGAAAUUCGGCAAAUGAAGGAGAGGAUGUGUUGGAUGAGGAAGGGGAAGUGCGACAAUGA